CUUUUCUUUUUCCGAGACUAUAAAUAACCUCACUUUUCUCAUUCUCUCUCUUUACUUCAUAUCUCUCUCUCUAAACAGAGCCCCACUUCUGCAAUUUCCGGCCACCGGAAUGGGCGCGAACGCUUCUUCUAUGGCGGGAGAGCCCGCAGGCCCGAGACCCAGGCCCAGAUUGGAGGAUAUACCUGAAUCAUGUGUCGCCCUAGCGCUCUCCUACCUCGACCCGCCCGAGAUCGCCAAGAUGGCCCGUAUUAAUCGGGCUUUCCGGGCCGCGUCCUCGGCGGAUUUUAUCUGGGUUCCGAAAUUGCCCUCCAAUUUUGAGUAUAUCCUCUCGAAGCUGCCUGAUCAGGCCCUUCGGGAUAAGGGCAGGAUGGACAUUUACGCCGGGCUGUGCAGGCCCAACACCUUUGAUGGUGGCACCAAGGAAGUGUGGAUUGAUAGGAGAAGUGGAGGGGUCUGUUUGGCAAUUUCUUCCAAGGCUAUGGCGAUAACCGGAAUUGAUGAUCGGCGGUAUUGGAAUCACAUUCCAACUGAUGAGUCUAGAUUCCAAACAGUGGCAUACCUUCAACAAAUCUGGUGGCUGGAAGUGGACGGGGAGCUCGAGUUCCAACUCCCCGAAGGGUCAUACAGUCUCUUCUUCCGACUCCACCUUGGAAAAGUUGGUAAGAGGCUAGGCCGCCGUGUCUGCAAUCAGGAGAAUGUGCAUGGCUGGGACCUCAAACCAGCGCAAUUCCAGCUGACCACGCAGAGUGGCCAUCGUGCAGCCACACGCUGCAUGAUUGAAAAAGUAGGAAGCUGGGCCAGCUACCACGUCGGGGAGUUUGUUGUGGAGGAUCCCAACUCAUCCACCAAGGUCAAGUUCUCUCUCACUCAGAUUGAUUGUACUCACACCAAAGGUGGUCUGUGUGUCGACUCCGUGCUCAUAUGUCCGACUAGUUUAGGAAAAGAGGUGUUCUCCGUGGACGGUGAAGCCUGUAGGAAGUCCUUUGUAGGUUCCUGAUGAGUGAUGAUACAUGAUAGAGGUGAUUUGUUAGGAAUUUGAUGAUCCAUAUGUGUGUGUGUGUGUGUGUGUGUGUGUGCAGUUUUUCAUGAGCAGCUUUUUUGAUCUACCCGUGGCGGGAGGCGAUGGCUGUUUUUGUUCAUCGCUGUCUGUUGCUUCCUGUUUUUGUGGGAUUUAUGUGCUGUGAUUCUUGCCAUUUUUUGGUGCUAGUUAGGAUGUCUGUUGUGUGUAAAUAUUCAGGAAAUCAGAUGUUACUUUAUUUUUUUUUUGACAAGAUUAAGGUUUUUUUGGCUCUGGUUCUUUUCA